AUGUCUUUUCUUUCGCAAGCAGCGCGACGAUGCGCUGACUUAGCUCCCAAGCCCUUCUCGGCCUUCGGGCUGGGCUCUGUGCGUACUGCUACGAAGCGCGCGGGAGGCACUAUUCGAAACCAUGGUGGCUCGCCUGGCAAGCGGCUGGGUAUCAAGAAGUUCUCUGAACAAUACGUGAUACCUGGCAACAUCAUAGUACGACAACGCGGCACACUAUUUCAUCCCGGUCAACAUGUCGGAAUGGGCAAGGACCACACACUGUUUGCGUUGGCCCCCGGAUUCGUACGAUUCUACCGACAGCCAUAUAUGCGCGGACAGCGUAAAUUUGUCGGGAUUGUGCAGGAUAAGAGCGAGAAGCUACCGCGGGACGAAGCAGCUCAAGGACGAAGUCGAUACUUUGGAUUGGUGAACUUGAAUACCGCAAGUGCUGAACUGACGCAACCUGCGGCUUGA